GCCCCCGAGCAGUUACAAAGGGCCGGAGCCUGGCGGCCGCGGCGGCUGGGGAGGUGGGGCGAGGCGAGGCUUGCGGAGGCGAGGCGGCGGCCGGGCCGGGCCGGGCCACGGGCGGUGGCGGCGGGACCAUGAAGGCGGCGGCCACUGCUCGGCGGCCCCGGCUGCUCCUGCUCGUGCUGGCGGCGGCGGCGGCGGCCACGCUGGUCUCGAGGGCUGCGGCGUUGCAGUGUUUCUGCCAUCUUUGCACAAAGGACAAUUUUACUUGUGUCACCGAUGGACUUUGCUUUGUCUCUGUGACGGAGACCACAGACAAAGUUAUACACAACAGCAUGUGCAUAGCUGAAAUCGACCUGAUUCCCCGGGACAGACCCUUUGUGUGUGCACCGUCUUCGAAGACUGGGUCCGUCACCACAUACUGCUGCAACCAGGACCACUGCAACAAGAUAGAACUCCCAACUGCUGGAAAGCCAUCGUCUGGUCUUGGUCCCGUCGAACUGGCUGCUGUCAUUGCCGGACCAGUCUGCUUUGUCUGCGUCUCACUUAUGUUGAUGGUUUAUAUCUGCCACAAUCGCAUGGACAUUCACCACCGAGUGCCGAACGAAGAGGACCCAUCAUUAGACCGUCCUUUUAUCUCUGAGGGUACUACACUGAAAGAUUUGAUUUACGACAUGACAACAUCUGGCUCUGGGUCAGGUUUGCCAUUGCUCGUUCAGAGAACAAUUGCCAGAACUAUUGUGCUACAAGAAAGUAUCGGCAAGGGUCGAUUUGGAGAAGUAUGGCGAGGCAAGUGGAGAGGAGAAGAGGUGGCUGUUAAAAUAUUCUCCUCCAGAGAAGAGCGUUCCUGGUUCCGUGAGGCAGAGAUCUAUCAAACUGUGAUGCUACGUCAUGAAAACAUCUUGGGGUUCAUAGCAGCAGACAAUAAAGACAAUGGCACGUGGACUCAGCUCUGGUUGGUGUCAGAUUAUCAUGAGCACGGGUCCCUCUUUGACUAUUUGAAUCGAUACACAGUUACUGUGGAAGGAAUGAUAAAACUCGCUCUGUCCACAGCAAGUGGACUCGCCCAUCUUCACAUGGAAAUUGUCGGCACCCAAGGAAAACCAGCCAUUGCUCACAGAGAUUUGAAAUCCAAGAAUAUCCUUGUAAAGAAGAACGGGACUUGCUGCAUCGCAGACUUGGGGCUGGCAGUAAGACAUGACUCAGCCACAGACACCAUUGACAUUGCUCCAAAUCACAGAGUGGGAACAAAAAGGUACAUGGCUCCUGAGGUCCUGGACGACUCCAUAAACAUGAAGCACUUUGAGUCCUUCAAACGGGCCGACAUCUAUGCCAUGGGCUUGGUGUUCUGGGAGAUAGCACGGCGAUGUUCCAUUGGUGGAAUUCAUGAAGAUUACCAGCUGCCUUAUUAUGAUCUUGUACCUUCUGACCCAUCCGUUGAAGAAAUGAGGAAAGUUGUUUGUGAGCAGAAAUUAAGGCCAAAUAUUCCAAACAGAUGGCAGAGCUGCGAAGCCUUGAGAGUGAUGGCUAAAAUCAUGAGAGAAUGUUGGUAUGCCAACGGAGCAGCCAGACUUACAGCUUUGAGGAUUAAGAAGACAUUGUCACAACUCAGUCAACAGGAAGGCAUCAAAAUGUAACUCUCCAGCUUUGCCUGAACUCUACUUCGCCUCCAGAUCUGCUCCUGGGUCUUCAUUUGGGAAGUCACUUGUUCUACCUCACUGAGAGGGAACAGAAGGCUAUUGCUUCCUUGUGCGACAGUGGCAUAAGGUCAAUUGAGAACUUCCCAAGGAUUCUUGGGACCCAGAAAACAGCCCUGUGGGUCCUCUUCUGCACUAUGAGUGAGCGCUGCUUUCCCAGGACAGUUCUCAAAUAUUAUGCAGUCUACCUGUAUUUUUUAUUAACAGAACUUGUUUUUUAAAAGAAGGUCUUUUAAAAUUUUAAAUUGCAGGUCUUAACUUUAGGUAACUCUGCUGAAAAUUACCUUUAAGGUUAGUUAAAGGAGCUGGAUUGAUGAGCGAAAUGAAACAUUUCUUAUUUUUAGAGAAAGUGAUUUACUCCUGGUUAGUACAUUCUCAGAGGAUUCUGAACCACUAAAGAGUUCCCUUGCUUCAGACUUUGAAUGUACUGUUCUGUGAUUUUCAGGAUCUUAAAAUGAAUACUUAUAAAGCUCUUAUCUUGAGUCUAAAAAUGACCUCAUAUAGUAGUGAGGGACAGAACUUAUACGGUUGUAUUUUGUAUACUCUAACUGUUCUUUCGCAUAUUUAGGACAUGAUUGCCUAAAUGAGUGGAAUUGUACUAUACCAGAAAGUGCCACUUCCAUAUGUCUUUUAAAUGGAAACGAGUAGAGGUGCUUCAAGUCUCUAUGUAUCAAAACCUCUUCAUGUUUUAAUUUAAAAAAAAAGGUUUCUGGGUCACCAGAUUUGUUUGUUUGUUUGUUUGUUUGUUUGUUGGGAGUGUUUUUGUGGUAUGUUGUUCAGUAUUCCAUUUUGAAAAUGCCUUUCUCCUACCAAAACGUACUUAAACCACUAAAGAAACGAAGUGGCAUUAAUUGGUAAAUUGUUGUCAUGGUUACGUUUGAACGAUCUUACAUCGAACUUUGCACUUACCUGUGUUGUGUAGGUUACUUUAAAAGUCACGUGGCACCCAGAUGCUUAUAGUACUUUAGUAAUUUAAAGCCCCAGCCUAUGGACUAAUUGUUCGAAAAGGGAAAGCUUGUCUAGCUGCUUGUAAAAGUUUUGUGGCAUUCUGUAAGCCAUUUUUCCCCCUUUAUCUGAUCAAAGACAGUGUUAUAUUUUUUAAGAAAUGUGUUACGUUUGAGAUGCAAAUAUGGUUCAUGUUAAAUGGGAAAGUAAAGGUGGUUAAUAAUUUGAACAGCUAACAGGUAUGCAGGAGAAUCAUAUUUGGUAAGCAGGUGUCAACAUUUCUAGGAUUUUCAGUCUUUGUAAUUGAGCCUAGAGUCAGUACAGGGCUGCUUUGAGACCUCACUACAGUUUGGGGAGGGCAGCUUUUAAUAUCGUCUCCUGCGUGCAGAUGGCGCAGUUACUAAUCCACGUGGUGGUGUAGUGAGUUCAGCGCACCCUUGCGAUUUGGGCGAGAGGCAGUAGAAGUAUUUUCUGAGUGUAGAUUUUCCAGUUACAGAUGCUUUUUGCUCACGGUAAAUGUUUAAAGUGAACUUGUCAUAGUUCUUCUCACAUUAAAUUGAAACUGGCUUCUCAUCAUUGAUCUUUUAUUUCCAGUGCUAAACGUCUUUGCAGGGCUUUCACAGUUAUCAGAGACCUCUUUAUCACUGUGACCUUAUUUUAAGGUGGAAAAAAAGAAAGAAAGAAAGAAAGAAAGAAAGAAAGAAAGAAAGAAAGAAAGAAAGAAAGAAAGGAAGGAAGAAAGGCAACUGUAGUUGUGAGGCAAGACCUUGACUUUGCAGUUAGUUCUAUCAACUUCCAGAAGAGAUGGUCAGAAUAACCUCUCCAGUAUUUGGGGUAAGAGAUGGUGGUCACUUAUGCUCACUGAGCUGCCCUCUGAUAAAUGUUUUAUCACAUAGCAAAAUUGGAAGACUGUUGACUCUUCAAGCCAAAGUUAUCAUAGAAUUAAUGACAUACUUCAUAGGAGCUUAGUGCUGACUUCAUCUGUUUAAAAACAUGACAGGAAAAAUGCACUUAAAAAUUAAUGUUUUGACUACAAGUUUAGAUAUCAUGGUUUCAUUAAAGCAAAGGAAUGAUUUGGAAGUUUUUCUCUUUUAAUUUGUUAUAGUUUCUGUUUAAUCAUUUCUAACUAUGAUCUGGUACUUCUCUUGUACUCUUUUUUUUUUUUUUUGGAAAUAUAGGGGACCAAUGUAUCUUACCACUAAAAUUAUUUUUAUAUGAUUUUAGAGAACAUACCAAAAGUUCUUGUCUAAUUUAAAUUUGUGAUUGGUAACAUGAUAUCUCAUGUUCUCAUUUUCAUAAAAGGUUAGAAACUGUUGCUAAAGACACUGUUUAAAUCAUUGAUUUACAAUUAUACUGUCCUUGCCUCAUUGGGGAAACUUUUUUGGUGGUGAAUCCAGGAGGGUUUCAAAAGUGGAAUUUAGUUCUAAAUCGAGUUCACAUUGACUGCAGUUAAUUCCUUUUUGGGGCUAAUGAGAGUGUGAUAAAUUUCAAUUAGCUAGCAUUGAGAAUGAACAUAAAAGCUGAAACCAGUGACAACUACUGUGACAGUGACUGUAGAUCACUUUAACUGGCAUGUUAAUUUUGUUGUUUAGAAACAAAAGUUUUUGUUUAACUGCCUGUCUUCAGAUACUCACCUUCUGAGCUCAGCUUGGCUACAACAUUACCUUAAGGCCACCGAGCUACCUGUCCACAUUCACCUCCUCCAGAACCUGCCUGGACGGAUGGGGAUGGGAGAGGAGGGAGUUAGAGGGAUGUAGAUACCCUUGGCCCCCUCCUUACCCCUUCAGCUGCUCCACUCGGUCCCCUUUCUGCUGGACUCAGAGAACACUGCCUUAGCACCACCUUUCCCCGCACCCCCACCCAGCCAGCCAGCAGCCUUUUAAGACUGAGUAACAGCUUUGGGUGUGGAGAGCACUGUAGGCUACUUGUAUUUCCUUCAAAUAACUCAAGUCAUUGAAUGUGACAGACAGGGAGGGAGUCUCUUAAGUUCGAAGAUUGGGUGGAAUCUUGGGUGGAUGAGUCCCCUCCCGGCUGCCUUGCUCUGAGCACAGCUCUGACCACGGAAGGAAGGAACGGGAUGGCUUCCAGGUGGCAGCUAUGGCAACAGGAGUUGUGCCAGCAGCAGUGACCAAUCACGUCCCCUGUGGGACAGGGUGAGACCCAAAGAGCUGAGCCUGUAAUGUUUUUCUGCUGUAAUAAUAGUGCUCAAGAAGUGCCUUGAGUCAGUGUCUAGUGCCAUGGCCAUUAAAAAUUCAAAGUUGCAGUUGUGACUACAGAAUUUAAGUGGUCCCUUGGCCAUUUUGCAGUUUAUAUAUGAAUGAGUUCCCUUUUCUGCACCUCUGAGAACCGUCACAUACAGACUCUGCUGGAAAGCGGGAUGGUCAAGUGCUCAUUAAAAAUGCAAAUCAGAAUCAGAAACCCAUCAGACAGGUUAACCGAGAGUUUGUUUUAUUUUUGCACUGAAAGAGUGAUUGUAAAAUAACUGUUUCUUUUGUUUCUUGACUGUGGCAGUGUUCUGACUCCAAACUGGAGGCUCCAAGUAAUGGUUUUGUUACAGUCUGGCAGGGAAUGCCAAGGGAGAGAUUUUUUGAGUCCCUAAAGAAUAGCUCUGGGCAUGCACCGAAGCUUCUGGUGUCUGGUUUGGGUUGCUGGAAUGCCCACGUCUAGGACAUUCUGAGGACUGUCAGUAUGUUUAAACUUGAGAAUCCUAUUAUGCAACCUUGUAAAUUCUUUGAAAUGUGGCUAAUAACAUUCAACCUAUUUAUAUAUAAAACGUAAGAAGAAUUUGUGUUUAUUUUUAACAAUAUUUUGAAUGAAUGGCCACGAACCAUGUUUUUGAUAUCCCUUUUUUCACAUUGUGCCAAUGGAAUGGGGUGUUUGAUAAUUUCCUUAUAUAUGUUCAGGAGAUGCUUCAAAAUGUCAAUUGCUUUAAAAGACUUAAAUUACCUCUCAAGAGACCAAGGUACAUUUACCUCAUUGUAUAUAUAAUGUUUAAUAUUUGUCAGAGCAUUCUCCAGGUUUGCGAUUUUAUUUCUAUAUAAAAUAUGAGUAUUGUCUUGCUAAAUUACUCAAAUGGUACUGUAUUGUUUAUAUUUGUGCCCCAGAUAACAUCACGUAUCCUUUCUGUGUUUCAUUGUUAUUUGUGCAAAAUUUUGUUUGGCUCUAUUCCUGUAUUCCCUACCCUUUCAUACUUGUACAGAAACUCUCCAUAGAAAGUUCAUUUAAGUCCCAUGAUUUUUGCGAAACAUGUAAAGAGGAAAGAAAAACAGGAACGACAGCGCCCCUACGGUUUUCUUUUGAGCUAUAUAUUGUAUUUGGAGUAAUAUUCUGGAUGAACUGUAAAUAGGAAGUAGAAGACUGAUGCUUAAUGUCAAGUCCUAACACUACAGUAGGGAAAUGGAAGCAACGCAAAUAAAUCACUCCCCCCCCCAAAUGUUAGUAGUAUAAUUUAAAAUAAAAUAAAAUAAUCUGUGUGA